AUGUCAUCUUCGCCUAAGCUCAAGGAAGCUUACGAUAGUGUCAUACUCGAGUAUUUAGAAAAGGGGUAUAUUUCGCCAGUACUUCCAGAUACGGACGCAACACAGAGCUUACGGUCGUAUACCAUUUCGCAUCAUGGAGUUAUAAGAGAGGACAAGGUUACGUCAAGGUUACGCGUUGUCUUAGACGCUAGUGCUAAAACUACUACACAAGUAUCUCUCAAUGAUAUUUUAUACAGUGGUCAGAAUCUUCAAGGAAACAUAUUUAAUAUUAUGGUCAAUUUCCGCCUAUACCGCAUCGCUUUUUCCGCUGACAUACGUCAAAUGUUCCUUUGUAUUGGGAUUCGGCCAUGUGAUCGCAGAUUUCAACGUAUUUUAUAUCGCUUUUCCCCGCAAGAACCUUUGAAGACAUAUGAAUUCAACCGCGUUUGCUUCGGAUUAACGUCUAGUCCAUUCCACGCACUUCGUACUGUUAAGCAGCUACUUUCGGACGAAGGUGCGUCUUUCCCGCGAGCAAAGGAGACUGUCGAUACAGGUUUAUAUACAGAUGACUUUGUGUAUAGUGUCGAUAGUGAUGAAGAAGCUAUUAGUACCGCAGCCGAAGUAAUUGCUCUUUUUAAGGCAGGCCAGUUUGAUCUCGUAAAAUGGACAUGCAACUCACAAAGGGUUUUAGACUCCAUUCCGCCGUCUCAUCGUCUCUCUUCAGUUAAGGAGUUCGAUGAUUCUGAACCACAUAAAGUACUAGGCUUAUGUUGGUCUCCCGCUACAGACUGCUUUGGUCUUAAAAUUAGUACACCCGCAGAGUCUUGUACAAAGCGCACUAUUUUGUCUUGUGUUGCUAGAAUAUGGGACGUUAUGGGUUUUGUAGCUCCUGUAGUCCUAUACGCAAAACUUUUCAUUAAACAACUUUGGUUAUGUGAAUGUGAUUGGGAUGACAUACCACCUGAACAUAUUCUCCAACAGUGGUAUCGUUUCAAAGAGGAACUUCCUUUACUUAGCAAAAUAAAGAUUCCACGGCAUGUAGGCAUCUUUGCUGGUGACAUUAUAAACAUAGUGGGAUUUGCAGAUGCAAGUGAAAAGGCCUAUGGUGGCGUAGUUUACUUCCACGUUAGAGAUAGUGUCGGUCUGCGUGAGAAUGAAUUUCAUUUGAUAAUUGCUAAAUCGAAAGUUUCGCCUCGUAAAGUCAUAUCACUCGCACGUUUAGAGCUUUGUGCAAUCCUUGUAUUAAGUAACUUGAUUACCAAGGUAAUGGAAGCUUGCAAUAAUCGCAUAAAUAUUCAUAGAAUUUUCGCAUUUUCGGACUCAACGGUUGCCUUGUGUUGGGUGCAUUCUUCGCCCCAUCGUUGGGAUACCUUCGUGGCUAAUCGUGUAACUAAAAUACAAAAUGACCUUCCCGUGAAUACAUUUUAUCAUGUAUCAGGUAUUGAUAAUCCCGCUGAUUGCUUAUCUAGAGGGCUCACCCCCGCACAAAUAAUCGAUCAUCCGCUUUGGUUCUGUGGUCCCGAAUGGGUUAAAUUGAAUCCAGAUCAUUGGCCAGUUAUCGCUUUUAACCCAUCGACAGUGUCGCAUCCACCUGAAGAAAGGAAUCAUGUUCAUGUCACCGCUGAAUUUAUGGAAGAAAACUUGAUCGUGUCGCUUGCAGAUCGCUUUUCAUCUUGGUCAAAGCUUCUACGCUGUGUAGUUUUUAUAUGUCGUUUUGCAAAGUUAUUACCGCUUCGUGAAGCUAUCGUUGCGUCAGAUUUAAAUUACGCUGAAAAUUUAAUAUGGCGUCAAGUUCAACGCGCUCACUUCCCUAACGAAAUAGCUAACUUACAGAAAGGAAAAUGUUGUAGUCCGGCGUUUCAACGCCUCAAACCAUUUACACAGGAUAAACUCAUUAGAGUCGGAGGUCGUUUAAGGAAUUCUGAUCUAAGUUUUGACAAUAAGCACCCUAUCAUACUUCCGCGAAAGGGUCACAUUGUAAACCUUUUAGUUGACUACAAUCAUAAGUUGAACUGCCACGCGGGCCCGGAUCUUUUGAUGUCUAUACUACGCCAAAGAUAUUGGAUUCUAUCCGCUCGUAAUUUGAUUCGUAGUCGGGUGCACAAAUGUUUACCCUGCUUUCGACUCAAUGCUAAGCCGAGUUUUCCAGAAAUGGCAGAUCACCGCUCUUGUCGAGUUACGCCAGCUGUUAAGCCUUUUGUACAUACGGGAACGGAUUACGCAGGCCCUUUUAAGGUGACUAUGUCACGCGGUCGUGGAAUUCGUCCAACCAAGGCAUACGUGUGCCUUUUCGUAUGCUUAACCACUCGCGCAGUGCACAUCGAAUGUGCUACUGAUUUAAGCACCGCCAGUUUUCUCGCGGCUUUUAAACGAUUUUUAUCACGCCGUGGUUUUGUUUCGCGUCUUUAUUCUGAUAAUGGAGGAAACUACGUGUGUGCUAAACGUGUUCUUUCAGAAUUACACGACUUUUUAAUGUCAAAACAUUUCAAGACUGAAUUUGGUCAUGUUUUAGCUGAGCAUCGCAUCCACUGGUCAUUAAAUGUCCCAACUGCCGGUCACUUUGGUGGUAACUGGGAAACCAAUAUUAAGAGCCUAAAAACUCACUUAUAUCGUGUAGUAGGCGACCAAAUUUUAACGUUAGAAGAGUUUAGCACUGUACUUACCCAAAUCGAGGCAGUAAUGAACUCUAGGCCUUUGUGUCGCACGCUAUCUAAUGAUCCUUCAGAACCGCUCGCGUUAACACCGGCUCACUUUUUAACGCUUACGCCUCUAAAUUACCUACCGGCUAGAGAAAUAGAGGAAGGGCCGUUACAUUUGCUUUCGAGACAAGAUUUAAUUGAUAACUAG